UGGUGGUUACCCAUGGCUCGUACCAAGCAGACGGCGCGCAAGUCCACCGGCGGCAAGGCCCCGCGGAAGCAGCUGGCCACCAAGGCCGCCCGCAAGAGCGCCCCGGCCACCGGCGGCGUCAAGAAGCCUCACCGCUACCGGCCCGGCACCGUGGCGCUGCGCGAGAUCCGCCGCUACCAGAAGUCCACCGAGCUGCUGAUCCGCAAGCUGCCGUUCCAGCGCCUGGUGCGCGAGAUCGCGCAGGACUUCAAGACCGACCUGCGCUUCCAGAGCUCGGCCGUCAUGGCGCUGCAGGAGGCCUGCGAGGCCUACCUGGUGGGGCUGUUCGAGGACACCAACCUGUGCGCCAUCCAUGCCAAGCGCGUCACCAUCAUGCCCAAGGACAUCCAGCUGGCGCGCCGCAUCCGCGGGGAGAGGGCGUAAACUCUAGACUCCCUUGCCACCUUCCCAAAGGCUCUUUUCAGAGCCACCAAAGUUCUCAGUGAUAGUGCUGCUCCACACUGACUUAGGCUUGGUCUUCUUUCCUCGUAGCUCACGUGAGAAAAUGCUCGGCACCACAAGGGCUGAACGAGCUACCUAACAGGUGGGUCUCAUGUUCUCUUACCCAGUACUAUGAUUGUUAAAGCGUCACUCCUGACCUGAAAGAACCACACCUGAAUUCAGCUGAGCCAGAAAGAAGGACAUGGUCGUGUUCAAAUGAGCAUUCUGGUUCCCAUGAGAACUGACCUGAUAACCUCAUAGGAUAAAGCUCUGGAAUGUGCAUUCCCAUGCUAAGACUGUGAUGUUGUAAAGUUAGCGCCUUAGCCUUUGGUCUUAUUUGCAGGAGCCUAGUAGUGCAGCCAUGUGCCUGAGGGGCAAUUCAGGGCCAUUAGGCCAUCUUAACUGUAGGCCAAUCACCUGAUGCUACACUAGUGAUUUACCAGGCAGAAGCCAGAGUGGAAACCACCUGGUCCAGACCUGUCUCACCUGGGGCAACUGAAAGCCUCUGAAGACUUGGACCCUUGCAUGACUGACAUGCAUGAAGUCCUAACCCAGGAGACCAGGUGCUGCCUCACAUCUGUGAAGCUAAGUGGUAACAGUUACAUUUUGCUAUUUUUUUUCCCCCUGUAGAAGAUGCAAGUCAUAGACCAAAGAUUUGUUGUGUUUGCUCGCUGCUUUAUUUCUAGGAUGCAUUGCUAAUUUGCUAUCACUCAGGCACAGAUUGCUCCAGCUCAGCCCUCCAAAGGCUUUAAGAAAACAGAAGAUUCCAUUCUGGAAAAGACAUCAAUAGUCAGGGCAGAAGGCCUGAUUUCCUUCAGUGGAAAAGACAGACACACAGGCCCACGCAAAGGUCUUCCUGCUCUAUUUCAAGGACCCUGGCUGGGAUUUUAGAGUCUUCUGAGGUCUGCUGUUUCAAAUGGAAUGCACACUUAAGUGUGAACUUAGAAAUUAUGGUUUCAUUUGAUGCUCCUUCCUUCAAAAACUGGAGCCUAAUUCCAGUCCCCUGCAUGUACCCUGAAUUUAGAGAUGAGCUUCUAAGGAAAAAAGAAGUCCCGCCGCGGCUUAAAGACUAGGUCAUGACUAGCACUGCACUUGGCUAAGUCUAGAUGCUCUGGACCCCAGGGGCCGUGUGGAAGAACCCUCCAGCAACCCCUUGGAGAGGCCUGCCUGGUAAGAAAGUGAGGCCUUCAACAGUCGGCAAAGAAUGAAGCCAGGAAGUGAGCCAGUUCUGCCCCUGUCAAGCCUCAGAUGACUAUAGCCCCUGCAACAAGAGGAUGUGCACUUCCUGAAAUACCCCAAGCUAGACCCCACACAGCUAAACCACUGUGUACCUCAUCUUUAGAAGG